AUGCACAACACCACUAAGCUUCGUUCGGCACAUUCAGCAGCUAUUGACAAUACUUUAAUCAAAGGAAAUAUACGAAAUGCUAUUAUAUGUCGACCAUUGUCACAUCAACGAACAAUGCCAGGAAUUAGGCAAACAGCAAAUGGUGUGAUAAAUUCAAUUGACACUGAUCAUACUAAUGAGGUUAUAACUCAUUCAGUUUUGAUCGAUAAUGCAUCUCGACGACGAGGUUUUCUUCCAUAUUAUUAUCGAAACGCAAAUACAAUGGAAGCCAUUCGUCGUCAACGUACACAACAUAAACCAUCAUCAAAAGUUCCUCCAACAUUUCUUCCAUUAUUUAAACGUUCGGCAACACAAUCUAAUCUAACCGGAGUUUUAACAAAUACUGAAACUGAAUUAACAGAAAUUAAUUUAAUUAUACAUGAUAAAUCAAUGAAAACGAAUCCUCAUUUAUUACCAGCUUAUGAAAGGCAACUAAAAGGUAUUAUUAAUAUGAAUGAUGUUGAAUUUACAACAGAAAUACCUAAUUCAUUAGAAUUAAUUUUACAAAAUCCAGCAAGAAAAUCAGUUGUAGAACGUAAUUUACUAGAAUCAUUAAAUCGACAACGUCUGGAGCAUACACGUUAUCGUACUUUACCAAUAAAUCGAACACCCCGUGUCUAA